AUGUAUGGCGUGAUCGCCAAAAUAAUCUGGGCAUUUGUCAGUCUACUGUUGAGACAGUCUCAUGCGCAAGUGCCGGAUGGAUGUGCGAGGGUUCACGCCAUAAUAGCCCGGGGCCAAGGUGGCGGCGACGAUCUGAAUGUGAUGAACACACUGUCGGACCUGAUCCUCCAGCAGAUCCCGGGCUCGACUACCGUUGGCUUACCCUACGACCAUGAAAAUGUUCUAAGCAAUGAGGCUAAGCGGCUCACAGUUCAUGACGGUGCAGUUCUAAUGCAGGAGUUUAUUGAGGAGUAUAGCGAAAGCUGCCCUGAGACCAAGCUUGUAGUAGUUGGCUAUUCAAUGGGCGCGAUUGUCAUUAUGGAUGCCAUUUGCGGAACUAGUCAGGUUGGGUUUUUCUUCGUCGCUCCUCUUGCACGAAGCUACAAUGAGUCGAUCAUAGCUGCCAUCGCGUAUGGUGAUGAAACAUACAUCCCCGGAAUGCCCUGGAAUGUGGGUAACUGCACGCUCGGCAUAGGGCUCACCCCUCGCUUGAAUGCCGCAUUGUGUGAUCCAUUCGGUAACUCGCUACAGAGUUACUGCGAUUACGGCGAUGAACAAUGCUGUUCGCCGUACCCAGCAGACGGAAACGCCGCCCACCAUACCUAUGUCACCAAAUAUAACCAAAAUGUGGUGGACUUCAUUGAAUACCGGCUGGCAACUGUGCAACAAUGA